ACCAAAUACAAUGAAAGUUUCAGUUUCAUUUCUCUGAAAGUGAAGCCUGUAACAGAGGAAACACUCCGACGUAUAUUCUAUAACCAAGAACCAGAAGAAGCAGUCAUGGCAUCAUCUCACACUGACAUGGAAGAAAACCUCAGAUGCUCUAUUUGUUUCGAAAUCUUUAAGGAUCCAGUGGUUCUGUCCUGUAGUCACAGUUUCUGCAAGAUGUGUCUCGAGAGCAGCUGGUGUCAGAAGCAGGUGAAGGAAUGUCCACUCUGCAGACACGUAGCAAAACGAUCACCACUUAAAAAUCUGGCUCUUAAAGGUGUGUGUGAGUCUUUCAUGGAGGAGAAGAGACGCAGGAUUUCAGCACAAAGUCAAGAUGUGCUCUGUGGUGUCCAUGGUUCGAAGUAUGAGCUCUUUUGCACAGAUGACCAGAAGCUGGUGUGUUUGAUAUGUGUGUCUCAGGAACAUAAAGAACACAACUUUUGCUCCAUCAACAAAGCAGCUGAGGAACACAGGAAUAAACUUCAAAAACCUUUGCACGAACUUGAGAGCAAGCUGCAAACCUUGAUUUCUGAAAAGUCCAGGUUUGCCACCAUACCUAGAAAACUCCAGAUUCAGGGCCAACAGACAGAGAUGCAGAUAAAGGAGGAGUUUAAGAAGCUUUAUCAGUUCCUCAGAGAGGAGGAGGUGGCUCGAAUAUCUGCACUGAGAGACGAACAGAAGAGUAAGAGAGAGAAGAUUAUGGAGAAGAUUGCAGAAGUUGAAGGAUUGCAUACUUCUUUAUCUGAACGCAUAAAAAAUAUUAAGGAUGAUCUAGAGCAUGAUGAGAGUCUUUUCUUACAAAACUUCAGAGAUACAGAGGAGAGAGUUAAGUUUGCACUACCAGAUCCAAAGCUUGAUUCAGGGUCUCUGAUCGAUGUGGCUAAACACAUGGGGAAUCUGAGAUACAGAGUGUGGGAGAAGAUGAAGCACCUCUGUCCUUACUAUCCAGUAAUUCUGGACCCAAAUACCAAAACAUCUAACCUUGAGGUAUCUCCAGAUUUGACAAGCGUUGCAUGUUCAGGCACGUCUUUACUGAACUCUCCAGAAAAACGCUCCUGCUACAUCCUGGGUUCAGAAGGGUUCAGCUCAGGAGUGCACACCUGGCAGGUGGAUUUGGAAGCCUUUUCCUACAUUACACUACAUUCCUACACAAUGGCGUUUGAUUACCUCCGAUAG